GGUGGCCCAUGCCGGUGCCGCUGCGGGCGCCAGUCCCGUGGAGAUGCCUCCGCCGUCACAGCAGCUGCGGCGGAGGCCGCCCGCGAGCGGCGCGCACGGCCGGCGGCAUGCCGCCCUGGCCGCGCUCUCGGCGCCCGCCGUCGCCUGGGCCCCCCCGGCGCCCGCGCGGGCGGCAGCGGCGGCCGCCCCCGCGGCGAAGAUAGGCUACCAGCUCAAGCUGCCGGAUAAGUGGGAGCAGGUCCAGGGGCGUGGCGCCCCAAAGCUGGACGACGCGACCGCCCGCACGCUUCUCGUGGCGCGGCUCGACGUGGCGCAGCUGGAGGCCCUUGUCACCAGGAUCCCGCUGGCCGUGUCGCAGCGCGACCCACAGGGCGCGGAUGCCCCGCGGCCGGCCGCCCGGCCUCAGAACAGCAAGAAGUCAGGGGUCAUGAUACGGGUGAUGCGGAUCUGUGGCUCUGGGAAGCCUGGCAAACAAUAUGGGAAAAUGAACUUCUAG